UGCAGACAAGGGAACAUGGCCUCAGAGAUCCACAUGUCAGGCCCAGAGUGCCUCAUCGAGAACACUAAUGGGCGACUGUUGGUUAAUCCGAAAGCUCUGAAGAUCCUGUCUGCCAUUCAGCAGCCCGUUGUGGUGGUGGCUAUCGUGGGCCUCUACCGCACCGGCAAAUCCUACCUGAUGAACAAGCUGGCUGGGAAGAACAAGGGUUUUUCUCUGGGCUCCACGGUACAAUCUCACACGAAGGGCAUCUGGAUGUGGUGUUUGCCUCAUCCCAAGAAGCCAGAACAUACUCUAGUUCUGCUUGAUACUGAGGGCCUGGGGGAUGUGGAGAAGGGUGACAACCAGAAUGACUCCUGGAUCUUUGCCCUAGCAAUACUCCUGAGCAGCACUUUUGUGUACAAUAGUAUGGGAACCAUCAACCAGCAGGCCAUGGACCAACUUCACUAUGUGACGGAGCUCACAGAUAGAAUCAGGGCAAAAGCCUCACCUGAAGUGGAUGGGGUUGAGGAUUCAGCUGACUUUGUGAGCUUCUUUCCAGACUUUGUAUGGACACUGAGGGAUUUCUCCCUAGACUUGGAGGCAGAUGGACAAUCCAUCACAGCAGACGAGUACCUGGAGAGUUCACUCAAGCUUAAGAAAGGUACCAGUCAAAAAGAUAAAAAUUUUAAUCUGCCUCGACUCUGUAUCCGGAAGUUCUUCCCAAAGAAGAAAUGCUUUAUCUUCGAUCGGCCCACUAAUAGGAAGAAACUGGGCCAGCUUGAGAAACUGUGUGAUGAUGAGCUGGACUCCGAAUUUGUGCAACAAGCUGCAGUCUUCUGUUCCUACAUCUUUAGAAAUUCCAAAACUAAAACCCUUUCAGGAGGCAUCAAGGUCAAUGGACCUCGUCUAGAGACCCUGGUGCAGACCUAUGUCAGUGCCAUCAAUAGCGGGGAUCUGCCCUGCAUGGAGAAUGCAGUCCUGGCCUUGGCCGAGAUCGAGAACGCAGCUGCAGUGAAAAAGGCCAUUGCCCACUAUGACCAGCAGAUGGGCCAGAAGCUGCAGCUGCCCACGGAAACCCUCCAGGAGCUGCUGGACCUGCACAGGACUAUAGAGAAGGAGGCCAUUGAAGUCUUCAUGAGGAGGUCCUUGAAAGAUAUAGACCAUUUAUUUCAAAAGGAAUUAGCGGCCCAGCUAGACAAAAAGCGAGAUGACUUUUGUAACAAGAAUCUUAAAGCAUCAUCAGAUCAUUGCUCAGCUUUACUUAAGGAUAUUUUCAGUCCUCUAGAAGAAGGUGUGAAAGAGGGGAUUUAUUCUAAACCAGGAGGCUAUCGCCUCUUCAUUGAAAAGAUACAAGAGCUGAAGAAAAAGUAUCUUCAGGAGCCCAGGAAGGGAAUACAGGCUGAAGAAAUUCUUCAGGAAUAUUUGAAGUCCAAGGAGUCUGUGAGUGGUGCAAUUCUACAGACAGACCAGACUCUCUCAGAACAGGAAAAGUUGAUUGAAGUGGAACGUGUGAAAGCUGAAUCUGCACAGGCUGCAGCAAAAAUGCUGGAGGAAAUGCAAAUAAAGAAUCAGCAGAUGAUGGAACAGAAAGAAAAGAGUUAUCAGGAGCAUGUGAAACAACUGACUAACAAGAUGGAGAGGGAUAGGGCCCAGUUGCUGGAAGAGCAAGAGAAAACUCUCUCUCUCAAACUUCAGGAACAGGCCCGACUACUACAGGAAGGAUUCCAAGAAGAGAACAGACGACUUCAUAAUGAAAUACAGAAUCUCCAGAAGAAGAUGAACAAACCAAGGCAGCAAUGUUGCCUAAGCUAA